AUGUUUGUCGAAUUAGCCAUCGUUGUGGCGGUGCUUCUCGUGUGUUGGUAUCGUAGCUUCCGACCGCGCUCCACGAAUCAGCUGCGACCCUCUUAUCAGAGCCAUCGCAGCACUGCCGGGCUUUGCGCUGGUGACUAUGUCGUGAUUGGCGGCGGUGUUGCGGGGCUCGCUGCAGCCGCGGAGUUGCUACGUCGUACCGAUGAAACAUGUCAGAUCAUCCUGAUCGAAAGUGGGAACGACCCGCAGUCGGCGUCUGCAGCAGCGCUCCUCUUUGAAGUAGGUCGACGCGACCGGUUGUUGUCUUUUGCGCCAGACCUUGUCCGGGUGCCACAGGAACUGCUACUGAAGGGAGUGCGCCCCACCUUUCUAGGUGGCACGCCUGAUGAAGGGUACCUCGCACAGCGCCCGUGGCACUACUUCCAAGAUGAAGAGGUCCUUUUAGGGACCUCUUCGAGUGGGAGCGGCGAAACAUUGUCGGCAGCAAAGGCAAAGGCGAAUCGAUAUCGUCAGCUGCAGUACGCUGCCUACCCCCGUGGUGUCGGGCUUGGUGGCACAGCGCUGCUGGACUGGGGCAUACACCUGAACUCUCUUUGGCCGUCUACGCCGGAGGCGGUGCCAGAUGCCGAAAAGGCAACGUUCAGAACCGCGAUGACCUGCAAUGAAGCAUUGCCGCAGUGGACUCGGUUGCCCAUGCGCUUCCCAGACGUCCGAAAUCCUCUCUCCUGGGCCUUUGCUGAAGCCGUCAAGACUCUCAAGCUAGCUGCACCGUACCUGCCCAGUGUCUCAGCGCCUGUCAAGCGAGGUGCUGUGUUUCCUUGUUACCUGUACCUCGACGAAGAUGGCAGGCGUCUGGCGCUUCCUUCGGCUGUGCUGGGCGACAUCGCAGCAGACGAGCUCCACCGCCGACUGAGCGUGCUGACAGGGUACACGGCGGUGGACUUAGACCUGGCGGCGCAGGACGGCGGCGAGGCCGAAGAGCGUGGGGUGCGCGUUAUAGGUGUGCAAGUGCGCCUCAGUCGCGGUGGCGCAGGUGCGGUCAUCUCCAUCCCCGUGAGAAAGGGCGUAGUUGUUGCGGCUGGAGCUCUGCAUAGUCCGCGCCUGCUACACAGGAUGUCCCGAUAUCGUGCAAUGCGCAUGCUGAAACCUCCAUCAUCCACAGUUCCUGUGCGCGAUGCGCUGGCACUGCCGCUCAUUUUCUCCGCGGUGCAGGCGGUCUCAGCUGACAGCCUCAAUGUGCGGGAUGCGAAGUCGAGCGCGAUAUGGUGGCUCACCCAGCGAGGCCCCUACUUGACACCGCUCUGUGACACAGUUUUGUCGCUACCACUGCCCCACAUCGGCUCACAGGCGGAGCUGCGUGUUGUGCUUUUCCCCUUUGGCGGGCGGGAUGCCGCUCGGUUCAAGGGCAUGGGAUGGGACAUCGUCCUUGGUACCCCGCUGCAGGCCUUCACAAUGCUUCUGAUCUUUCAUGGCAUUGAUGGAUUGGAGCACAUGAUGACGCUGGAUGAAGAAGCGCCUCAGCCUGGUGUAGCGCAUACCCGCGCGCUUUGUUCUCACCAGGCUGUCUGCUCGUUGUCCGAGGAGGUGCACCGCAAGGUUCAGGAUGGGUUCCUUGCAGGCAUCAAGGAGUGCCGCCGCCUCACAGAAGCCGAACCGCUGGCAAGUCUAGCACUCAAGCCGGGAAUCGAAUCAACGGAUUUCACCCUGCUCGUACCUAGCGACGCGUCGAAGGCUGUUCGACUCGCCCAGCUCUCCCGGCUGCCACCAUCGAAGCGCUCGGCCCGCGGGAAGGCGGAACUGAAGCAACUGCUCGAGUGGUCGCACCGCGUCACGGCGACGGAGUCGUACAUGCGUCGUUACGUGGACACGCACGCAUAUUGGCUUGGUUUUGCCAGUGGCAGCAGCGAGGCCUUUUUGGCUUCAUCGUCGUCCACGCCCUGCUCGUCGCGGGUCGCAGGGCUGCAGAACGUGUUUGUUGGCGAUAGCUCCGCCGUUACUACUGCGCAUUGGUCCGGUGUGGGAAAACGCGACACACUUGCGGCAGGCAGUCGUAGCACCUGUAUGGAUGCCGCAGUACGAGCCGUGACGGAGCUUGUGAAGAUCCGCGGGCAGUCGUAG